AAGACAUAGAUGUCGCCGGGAGCUUCCGGUCCUGGCCCCGACUCGAAUGAGCUGGGUGAUCUUGGAUGUCCAGGUUCCCUCCUAAGUCAAAUGAGGACGAUAAUCCUGACGUCACAGAGAGGCCAGGAGGAUGAAAUAAGAGUCUGCACGUGGAAUGAUUCAUAAACUGUAAUGUUCAAGUCCCCUUUCCAGCCUCUGAAUCUAAUUUUGCACUCCUAGCUCCUUAUUCCUUUCCUUAAAGAGGUCUCCAAAUUACACACAUUUCAGGCUCCCCCCCAAACCUAGACCAGUUCCAAGUAUUGUACAAAUGUUACUGAUUAGCACAAGUGGUCAAGGACUCUGAGGCCAGAUAAUACAGGAUAAAAAUCUGAGCUGUGUGUUCCUCACCAAGUUGCUUAACCUCUCUGAGCCUCGGUUUCCUCAUCUUAAAACAGAUCAUCUUCCAAGGUUGAUGUGAAGCUUUAGUCUAAUAAUCUUUGUAAAGCCCUUAGCAUAGUUCUUGCUGCAUGAGUGCUUACAACAUAGUUUUCUUAUUAUUAGAAACUCUGAGAUAGGGCCUCUAAAUCAAAUUUCAAAAGCGCCAGUGCUGAGGUGUGGAUUUCUGGGCCAAAAUAAGAACGUUCCUUCUGCCUGGAGAAAAGAAACGUUCAGCGGAAGUGGGUCUGUGCUUCAAUAUGAGAAAUCUGAGUCCGUUUCAAGAAAGUAGACAGUGACCUGCUCAAGUUCCCUUUCGGUUAGAUCCUGCUGAGGAUGACCAGACCUUUGGGCCCCGCCCACCUACCUCCACCUGGCGCCACCCACCGCACACCUAGGGGGGCUCUGUCCCUGCCCAGUCUCCAAACACUCAGUCUGAGCCCCCUCAGUGGGAGGAGGAGACGUUUGGGAUUCCGCUGGGCUGGGCCCCGAAGGCAGGAGUGGAGGAGAUGUGUGUACCGGCUGGGCCCAGCAUCCCGGCCACACAGUGCGUUCUAAGAAGGGACUCAUUUCCACCCCGAAGAGCUUAUAAGGGAUACCAGGAGGCUCAGCCCUUUGGAGGACCUGCUGUUUUGUUGCUUAUUACAAUUAGCAAUGCUUGGUUAUUACCACCGCUAAACAUCUGUCUGGCUUUGCUCAGGGACCACUCCCAGCCCGGGUCAGGGUGGGCGAGGGCGGGUAGGCAAGAGAAGUAAAUCUCGACAAGGACAGCGAAGGGCCUGGGUGCGAGGGAGAACGCCCAGAGACCGCCAGCCGCCACUCCGGGACUCACAGCGCCGCGGAGGCGAGUCGGGCAUUCCAGCCAGCGGCGCGCGGACGUCGGUUCCCACCCAGGUCCGCCAACGCCGGGUCUCUCCCGCCGGGCCCGCAGAGGUGGCCGCGCCUGGAACCGCCGUUCGCGCAGCAGUGGCAACCGGAGCAAAGCUGCCGGACAAAUCCCACCCCCGGCCCCGCCCGUCCAAUCCAUCUUGCUGGGGAGGUGACGCUUCUUGGGAGAAGCAAGGGGCGGGGAAGGGAAAUCCAAGCCUUGCGGGGCUCUCGACAGGUGUUUGGGGGAGAAGGCGGAGCCUGGUUAGGGAGGAUGAGGAGGGAGGGGCGGCGCUGCCCCUUUAAGAGGCGGUGGCGGAGCCGGGACCUUUUCUCUUUCCCCGGAAGGAAAGCGGAGCCCGGGCUGGGCGCGCAAGCCAUGGGCCCCGGCCCCCGCCGCGCCGCCUGCGUCCCGCGCCCGAUGCUCUGCGCGCUCGCCUUGAUGGUGGCCGCCGGGGGCCGCGUCGCCUCCGCCUUCAACCUGGACACCCGAUUCCUGGUGGUGAAGGAGGCCAAGAACCCGGGCAGCCUCUUCGGCUACUCGGUCGCCCUCCAUCGGCAGACGGAGCGGCAGCAGCGCUACCUGCUCCUGGCUGGUGCUCCCCGGGACCUCGCCGUGCCUGAUGGCUAUACCAACCGGACCGGUGCUGUGUACCUGUGCCCACUCACUGCCUACAAGAAUGACUGUGCGCGGAUGGAUAUCUCCGAGAAAAGUGACCCUGACCAUCAUAUUAUUGAGGACAUGUGGCUCGGGGUGACCGUGGCCAGCCAGGGCCCUGCGGGCAGAGUCCUGGUCUGCGCCCACCGCUACACCCAGGUGCUGUGGUCAGGGUCAGAGGACCAGCGACGCAUGGUGGGCAAGUGCUACGUGCGGGGCAAUGACCUUCAGCUGGACCGCACAGAUGACUGGCAAACCUACCACAAUGAGAUGUGUAACAGCAACACAGACUACCUGGAGACGGGUAUGUGCCAGUUGGGCACCAGUGGCGGCUUCACAAAGAACACCGUGUACUUCGGCGCACCGGGUGCCUAUAACUGGAAAGGAAACAGCUACAUGAUUCAGCGGAAGGACUGGGAUUUAUCCGAGUAUAGUUACAAGGACCCAGAGGACCAAGGAAACCUCUAUAUUGGGUACACUGUGCAGGUGGGCAGCUCUGUCCUGCACGCCAAGGACAUCACGAUUGUGACAGGCGCCCCGCGGCACCGACAUAUGGGUGCUGUCUUCUUGCUGAGCCAGGAGGCAGGUGGGGACCUUCGGAGGAGGCAGGUGCUGGAGGGCACGCAGGUGGGCGCCUACUUCGGCAGCGCCAUUGCCCUGGCAGACCUGAACAAUGAUGGGUGGCAGGACCUCCUGGUGGGUGCCCCCUACUACUUUGAGCGGAAAGAAGAGGUAGGAGGUGCCGUCUAUGUCUUCAUGAACCAGGCAGGCACCUCCUUCCCUGCCCACCCCUCCCUCCUUCUUCACGGCCCCGGUCGCUCUGCCUUUGGCUUCUCCGUGGCCAGCAUUGGUGACAUCAACCAGGACGGAUUCCAGGACAUUGCCGUGGGAGCCCCAUUCGAGGGCUUGGGCAAAGUGUACAUCUACCACAGCAGCUCCGAGGGGCUCCUCAGACAGCCGCAGCAGGUGAUCCACGGGGAGGAGCUGGGACUGCCCGGCUUGGCCUCCUUUGGCUACUCACUGAGUGGGCGGAUGGAUGUGGAUGAGAACUUCUACCCGGACCUGCUAGUGGGGAGCCUGUCAGACCGCAUUGUGCUGCUGCGGGCACGGCCUGUCAUCAACAUCCUCCACAAGACCUUGGUGGCCAGGCCAUCUGUGCUGGACCCUGCGCUCUGCACAGCUACCUCCUGCGUGCAGGUGGAGCUGUGCUUUGCUUACAACCAGAGCGCCGGGAACCCCAACUACAGGCGAAACAUUACCCUGGCCUACACCCUGGAGGCUGACCGGGACCGCCGACCGCCCAGGCUUCGCUUCGCCCGCAGCCAGUCUGCUGUCUUCCACGGCUUCUUCUCCAUGCCCGACAUGCGCUGUCAGAAGCUGGAACUGCUGCUGAUGGACAACGUCCGCGACAAACUCCGUCCCAUCAUCAUUUCCAUGAACUACUCUCUACCUCUGCGGAUGCCUGAGCGCCCGCGGCUGGGGCUGCGGUCCCUGGACGCGUACCCGGUGCUAAACCAGGCGCAGACGCUGGAGAACCACACCGAGGUUCACUUCCAGAAAGAGUGCGGCCAGGACAACAAAUGCGACAGCAACUUGGACAUGAAGGCGGCCUUCGUGUCGGAGCUGGGGCAGCCUCUGAGCAGGCUGCACUACAGCAAAGACGUCCGGAAACUACACCUGAGCAUCAACGUGACCAACACCCAGAGCAGGGAGCGGGCUGGGGAAGACGCCCAUGAGGCGCUGCUCACCCUGGCGGUGCCUCCCGCCCUGCUGCUGUCCUCAGUGCGCCCCGCUGGGACGUGCCAGGCCAAUGAGACCAUCGUCUGUGAGCUGGGGAACCCCUUCAAACGGAACCAGAGGAUGGAGCUGCUCAUCACCUUCGAGGUCAACGGAGUGACUCUGCACACCAGGGAACUGCAGAUGCAGCUACAGCUCUCCACGUCAAGUCACCAGGACAACCUGCAGCCCGUGACCCUGACUUUGCUGGUGGACUACACGCUCCAGGCCUCUCUCAGCAUGGUGAGUCACCGGCUCCAGAGCUUCUUUGGGGGAACAGUGAUGGGCGAGUCUGGCAUGAAAACUGUGGAGGACGUGGGAAGUCCCCUCAAGUAUGAAUUCCAAGUGGGCCCAAUGGGGGAAGGGCUGGCCGCCCUGGGGACCCUGGUCCUAGGGCUGGAGUGGCCCUACGAAGUCAUCAAUGGCAAGUGGCUGCUGUACCCUACAGAGAUCACCAUCCACGGCAAUGGGUCCUGGCCCUGUCAGCCACCUGGAGACCUUGUCAACCCUCUGAAUCUCACUCUGUCGGUCCCUGGGGACAGGCCGCCAUCUCCACAGCGCAGGCGGCGACAGUUGGACCCAGGAGGAGGCCAGGGUCCCCCGCCAGUCACUCUGGCUGCUGCCAAGAAGGCCAAGUCUGAGGCCCAACUGAAAUGUGAUAGUGACCGCACCCGCUGCGUGUGGCUGGAGUGCCCCAUUCCUGAUAGCCCGGUCAUCACCAACGUGACAGUGCGGGCACGAGUGUGGAACAGCACCUUCAUCGAGGAUUACAAAGACUUUGACAGAGUCAUGGUAAGCGGCUAUGCUACCCUGUUCCUCCGAACCAGCAUCCCCACCAUCAACAUGGAGAACAAGACCGUGUGGUUCUCCGUGGACAUUGACUCGGAGCUGGAGGAGGAGCUGCCGGCGGAGAUCGAGCUGUGGCUGGUGCUUGUGGCCGUGAGUGCCGGGCUGCUGCUUCUGGGGCUGAUCAUCCUCUUGCUCUGGAAGUGCGGCUUCUUCAAGCGAGCCCGCACUCGCGCCCUGUAUGAAGCUAAGAGGCAGAAGGCGGAGAUGAAGAGCCAGCCGUCAGAGACAGAGAGGCUGACCGACGACUACUGAGGGGGGCAGCCCCUGCCCCCCGGCCCACCCGGUGCGACUUCUUUAAGCGGACCCGCUAUUACCGGAUCAUGCCCAAGUACCACGCAGUGCGGAUCCGGGAGGAGGAGCGCUACCCGCCUCCAGGGAGCACCGCGCCUACCAAGAAGCACUGGGUCACCAGCUGGCAGAGUCGGGACCGAUACUACUGACGUCCUCCCUGACCCCCCCCCCCGCUCCCCCAGUGUCCCCUUCUAUUUAUCAUAAGUUAUACCCCUGAGAGUCCAUAGGGGCCACUGCCUUUGGCUGGCACCCGCAGCCUCAAGCACACACACCUCUUCGAGCACAUAUAUGUGCCAUCCGGCCGCGGGCUCCCCACAGGAGGGAGCCCACCGCAGCCCCCAGGCCCUGGACAUGCGUGGGCCCCACCGCUUGUGGACUGUGCUCUUGUACCACGGACAGCACGUGGACGUGGGCGGCCCUGCCUGUGCCAAAACCAAGCCCAAGGGCCUCCACGGAAGCUAGGAGGAAAAUGCCUCCGCUGUGGCGACGCCUCCGCCCAUUCACACUGGACCCAUCUUCAGCCACAGUCACUGGAUUGACUCUGCUAUUAAGCCUAAAACUACUGACAGGGAAGCGCGUGCCAGGCCCCCAGCCGCCGCUCCCGGCUCCCAUGCCAGAGAACGUGGGGGGCCUGCCUCAGGUUGUCCACGUGGCGUUUACAGGACUCAGUGCGCUCAGACCCAAGAGCAGAGGGAGCUGGAGGGAAGGCCCCCGGGCUGGCUUUCCCUCCCAGGCCUCUGUGAUGCCUCUCUCCUCGGCCACAGCCCACACUGGCAAGGGAAGCGGUCUGAAGACGGACAGGCCGCUAGGCUCGGCCCGCUGCUGUGGGACUGCCCUGGGAACUCAGUGGAACGCUCAGCAGAGGAGGGGACGGUCCCGGGCCAACGAGAUGUCGGAAGUAUAGAGGAGAUACCACUUCUUACCCACCACUACCAUCCAGGCCUCUGAAGGCCCGGAGAGACCACCCCCCCCCCCCACACGCACACAAGGUCACAGAGAGAGCGACACUUGAAUGUAGAACAGGGAGGGAGCUCUGGCCCUGCCCCCUGGGCUGGAAGUUAUUCUGCCCUCACUGACCACGGGUAGGGGACCUGGAAGUGGAGUUCUUGGCUGUCCUUGGCGUUCUCAGAGCCAACCCAGCUCUGCCUCCUCCCCUGUGGGCUAAGUCCGGAGGCCCAGUCUAGAAGGUGAGGCUGGUCCCAGGGAACCUCUCCUGACCCUUGCCUCUUGGGAGUCCCUUUUCCAGUCCUUAACCCCUUCCACGGUACUGUAGCGGGGGCCUCCCUCCCCCCCUUUGUGCCUUCUUUGUAUAUAGGCUUCUCACGGCAACCAGUAAAUAGCCCCCAGUUUUUAUGG